AUGGACUGGAGCUUACCAAUUCUCUUCUACAUCACAUCUCCUCUGACAAAGCGACGACCCAUCGACCAUGGCCCUCUCCCGCACAACCCCACCAUCCCCAUAGAGCCUUUCACCUUGCACGUCCCCGACACAGAGCUGCGCGAGCUCCAAGACGCCAUCAAAGCCUCCCGUAUCGCCAAACAGAGCUACGAGAACGUUUCUGCCGAUGAGAACGACUUUGGCGUUACCAGGAAAUGGCUCAUUGACACCAAGGACGAAUGGCUGAAAUUUGACUGGCGCAAGCAGGAAGAACGCAUCAACGCUUUCCCAGCUUACAAAGCCAAGAUCAAAAACAAGGACGGUCUCGACUACUCUCUACAUUUCACAGGCUUAUUAUCUGAGAAGAAGGACGCUAUCCCUGUCAUCCUGAGCCACGGUUGGCCCGGAUGUUUCUUCGAAUUCAUUCCUCUCUUGGAACUGGUUAGCAAGCAGUAUGCGCCUUCUGAGCUUCCAUACCACCUCGUCGUCCCCUCCCUCCCCGGAUGGCUCUUCUCCUCCCCUCCGCCCACAGAUCGCGAGUUCAGCGUCAUUGACGUCGGAUACCUCUUUCACUCACUGAUGGUCGGCCUGGGUUUCGAUGGUGGCUACGUGGCUCAAGGCGGCGAUAUCGGGGCUCUGGUCACAAACGAGCUCGGCGCAACAUACGACGCUUGUAAACUGAUGCACCUAAACUUUUACAAUAUCCAACCCACCUCCUCCUCCCCUCCUCCCUCCCCGGACGACAUGAUCGAAAUCUUCCAGAAAUACGCAUACGCCCUCGAACACUCCACCCGCCCUUCCACCAUCGGCCUCGUCGUCGGCUCCAACCCCAUCUCGCUCCUCGCUUGGAUCGGCGAAAAGUACCUCGCAUGGACGGAUCAGUCGCCCAGCACGCAGACGAUCUUGACUUUGAUCAGCCUGUAUUGGUUUACGGACUGCUUCACUACAUCGCUUUACACUUACCGUUAUGGUUUGGGUGUAAGGCGAAACGACCCCGCUACAAAGACUUCCACCGAAUACCAAUCCUGUCCCACCGGCUUUUCCAACUUUCCCAAAGAAAUUUCGCCCAUUUCCAUCGAAGCUGCCAAGAAGCGUAGCAACAUUGUCUGGUCCAGGGAACAUGAUUCGGGAGGACAUUUUGCGGCGCUCGAAAAGCCGGCAGAGCUCUGGCAAGACGUGGAAGACUAUCUCGGGGCGAACUGGGACAAGUACACGACAAAGUGA